GCUGUCAGUCACCUCACCGCGUCUGGCGGAUCUCUCGGGCUCUCAGUGCGGAGCCAUCAGAAAACCCCCACAAACCCUGAUCUGUUCUGAAACUUGAUCGUAGGCUGCUUUUGUUAUUGUGGUCCUGUAGGUGAUCCGGGGCAGAUGAAGCCUGUGUUUGAGCGGCACGCGUUUGGGCUGAACCCCUGACUGCGGACAGCAGCCGAGCGAUCUCUAAUGAUGCAGAGUGAAGACCGCAAGAGAAAGAAGCACAGUUUGAACCCCAGAAGCGUGUCAGACGAGUACAGUCUGCGUGAGCGACCGAAAGACGAAGCCACAAAGAUGAAGAAUAAAGUUUCUACUUCACAAGCGGCGAGCGGCAAGAAGAAGCCGUGGUCCUGGGAUCAGUAUCUGGAGGACGAGCGAUCUCAAGCCGCUCCUCUGCAGCUCUUCACUGAGUUCCAGGCAUUUCCCGACAGCAGGAAUGGCUUUAAGGUGGGGAUGCGGCUGGAAGGCAUCGACCCGCUGCAUCCGUCCAUGUUCUGCGUGCUGUCUGUGGCCGAGGUGAUUGGCUUCCGUCUGCGGCUGCAUAUCGAUGGUUACUCCGAGUGCUAUGACUUCUGGGUAAACGCAGACGCUCCUGACGUCAAACCAGCAGGAUGGUGCGAGUCGACGGGCCACAAACUCCAUCCGCCCAAAGGUUACAAGCAGAACGAGUUUAACUGGGAGAAGUAUCUGGAGGCCUGUAACGCUCAAGCAGCGCCAGAGAACCUCUUCAGAUCCAGCGAGUCGAGCGGCUCGGUGUUUGAGGUGGGCAUGAAGCUGGAGGCGGUGGAUCGUAAGAACCCGUGUCUGGUGUGUGUGGCGUCCGUAGCCGACAUCGUGGACCAGCGCUUCCUAGUGCACUUCGACAACUGGGACGACACUUACGACUACUGGUGUGACGCCAGCAGCCCCUACAUUCACCCGGUGGGCUGGUGUCAGGAUCACGGCCGGCCGCUCACAGCUCCUCAGGGUGAGAAUCAUAUUCCUCAUGCGUUCAGUGUUACUGCUGUCACAUGGUGUGAAACCAUCAGGAACCCUUUAGUCUCCAGCACCAUCAUUUUCCAGAACCGCAACCUUCCUGGAGUCUCCAGAAGUGCAAUGUUUCAGGUUCUCAGAGGCUGUGCUUGGAGAUCUCCACACGGCUUCCAGACGCACAUGAAGCUGGAGGCGGUGGACAGACGAAACCCCAUGCUGAUCCGCGUGGCCACCGUCGCCGACACCGAAGACCACAGAGUCCAAGUGCAUUUCGACGGCUGGCAUGAGAAGUUUGAUUUCUGGGUGGAUUCAGACCUGCCGGAUCUUCAUCCCGUGGGCUGGUGCUCCAGGACGGGUCACCCGCUCGAACCUCCGCUCCGUGAGUCUCUGCUUGCUCUCACACUCGCACGACAGAUGCUUGAGCUGCAAUACAAUGCCUUCGGUUGCCCGUAUUCUGACAUGAACAUGAAGAAGGAGGUGGUGCUUCCCGACCGGCUCGGAGGAGAGAAGCAGAUCACCUUCAUCCCUGUGACCAAACGCUUGUGUCCAGACGAGGAGGAGGAGGAGGAGGAGGAGGAGGAGGAAGAUGGGAGCGAGGAGAUCAGCCAUGUGGACAACAGGGAGAUGAUGGCGGCGUGUGACGGAGCUCCUCGUCUGCGCGGUCGGCCUGCGAUGAUGAAGAAGGAGCUCAAAGACGAGCCGCUGAUGGCGUCGCUCCUCGGGAAGAGAGCUCAUUUACCCAGCAGGAUAACGCUUGCUGAUGUGUGUGUGUGUCUCAGGGAGAUGAUGGCGGCGUGUGACGGAGCUCCUCGUCUGCGCGGUCGGCCUGCGAUGAUGAAGAAGGAGCUCAAAGACGAGCCGCUGACGGCGUCGCUCCUCGGGAAGAGAGCUCAUUUACCCAGCAGACUCUCUCAGUCCACGAAAUAUCUGCGUAUCAAGGAUGAGGAGGACGACAUUGAUGUAAACAGCAUUAUUUCAGAGCGUAACGUGGACGAUCUCCAGCAGGCGCUGCAUCAGUCCGUCUUCCUCUCGGCGAUGUCUGCUCACCCGAGCCGUGAUCUGCCGCUGUGCUGGGAGCAGCACUGUAAGCUUCUGCCCGGUGUGGCCGGCGUUCAGGCCAGUCGCGUCGCCCACUGGAGUGUGGAGGAGGUGGCUGAUUUCAUCCAUUCUUUACCCGGCUGUGAGGAACAGGCCAAGCAGUUCAGAGAGGAGCAAAUCGACGGGAAGGCCUUUCUUCUGUUGACGCAGCGAGACAUCGUUAAGAUAAUGAGCAUGAAGCUCGGCCCGGCCCUCAAGAUCUACAACUCCAUCCUGAUGUUCAAACACGCCGAGGAUAAACACCAGCCGCCGGCGGGAGACACAUGAAGCACAGAUGAAUCUACUGUAUCCAUGCAUUCCCAACGCCUCCGUUAGUGCUAAUCACCCUACGGCCUCGUCUCCGUCAGGUUCCCCUUCUGCCUUUAAACCCUCUCCUUUUCCUUCUCAAACUCAACCACGCGACAAUCAAACGCAGUCGCCGGCGUCUAUGAGAGGUUUCUCUCGGUCACGGUGCUAUGUGUACGCAAACACAAACAGGCGAACAGCGACUACAGGAUUUGCUCGUGAGUGAGUGAGUGAGUGAGCGUGUGUGUGUGCGAGUGUGUGAGUGAGUGAGUGAGCGUGU